UUUCACGUACGUGCCCAUCUUGCCUGCACAGCUCCUUGAGGUACUGAGCACGCCAACGCCCUUCAUUAUCGGAGUCCACUCCAUCUUCCAGUCGGAGACGCAGGAGCUGCUGGAUGUUGUCAUCGCCGACCUGGACGGCGGGACCGUGAACGUCCCCGAGUGCGUACACAUCUCCCUGCUCCCUGAACCUCUGCUCCAGCAGACCCGGGAAGCCCUCUCCAUGCUCCUGCCCCGUCAGCUGGCUCGUCCGCACCCUGUGCCUGACCACGCCGUGACCGCAGCCCUUCCCUCUUCGCAGGAUAAGGAGAUCCGUGCCGUCUUCCUCCGCUUGUUUGCACAGCUGCUUCAGGGCUAUCGCUGGUGUCUGCACAUCAUCCGCAUCCAUCCCGAGCCGGUCAUCCGAUUCCAUAAGGCAGCCUUCCUCGGGCAGCGGGGGCUGACGGAGGACGACUUCCUCACCAAGGUGCUGGAGGGCAUGGCCUUCGCUGGCUUCGUGACCGAGCGGGGGGCCCCGUACCGCUCCAUCGACCUGUUUGAUGAGCGUUUGGCACCAGAGGUUGCUAGGACGCGUGACGUCUGCGUGCCUGAAAAGAAACUGUCCGUGCCGUGCCAGGAGAACCCGUACCCGGCGGUGACCAUGCACAAGGUGCAGAAGCCCACGGAAGGCUGUCACCUGCGGCUCCACCAGAAGCCUUUUCCCCGUCUGGACGAGGGGACAGUGCAGUGGAUCAUCGACCAGGCCACUGCCAAGCUGCAGACCGCUCCUCCUGCUGUGAAGGCCGAGAAGAAGUGCAUGGUGCCCUCGGGACCCCCCAUCGCUGCCAUCAUGGAGCGCAACGGCAAUGCCCUGGCCAACAGCGCCCGUCGCCUGGAGGUGGUCAGGAACUGCAUCUCCUACGUCUUCGAGAACAAGAUGUUAGAAGCCAAAAAGUUAUUCCCCGCUGUGCUGCGAGCCAUGAAGGGCCGAGCAGCCAGGCACUGCCUGACCCAGGAGCUGAACCUGCACGUGCAGCAGAACCGGGCGGUGCUGGAUCACCAGCAGUUUGAUUUCAUAAUCCGCAUGAUGAACUGCUGUUUGCAGGACUGCACUGCCAUGGACGAGCACGGGAUUGCAGCCGCGCUCCUGCCGCUGGUCACCGCUUUCUGCCGGAAGCUGGGCCCGGGCAUCACGCAGUUUGCCUACAGCUGUGUGCAGGAGCACGUGGUGUGGACCAACAUCCAGUUCUGGGAGGCCAUGUUCUACUGCGACGUGCAGAACCACAUCCGCGCCCUCUACCUGGACAACAACGAGGAGAACCACGCGGACGAGGAGAGCAGGGAUGGGCCCCAGGAAGCCAGGUCUGCCCUAGAGAUAGCAUCGGAGCAGCUGAGACUCUGGCCCACCAUGCCGGAGAAGCAGCAGGAGCUGAUCCAGAAGGAGGAGAGCACCGUUUUCAGCCAGGCCAUCCACUACGCCAACCGCAUGAGCUACCUGCUGCUGCCCCUCGACACCAGCAAGAACCGCCUGCUGCGCAGCUCUGGGCUGGGCGACGUGGAGAGCGUCAGCAACAGCUUCGUCACCAACAGCAUUGCCGGCAGCGUGGCUGAGAGCUACGACACAGAAAGUGGCUUUGAGGAUGCAGAGAGUUCGGACGUGGCCAACUACGUGGUGCGAUUCAUCAACCGCUUUGUGGACAAAGUCUGCACGGAGAGCGGAGUCACCAACGAGCACCUCAAGGGGCUGCACGUCAUGAUCCCCGAUAUUGUGCAGAUGCACAUAGAGACGCUGGACGCUGUGCACAGGGAGAGCAAGAGGCUUCCUCCCAUCCAGAAGCCAAAGCUGCUGCGCCCCAACCUGCAGGUGGGUGAGGAGUGUGUGAUGGAGGGGCUCCGCGUGUACCUCAUGCCCGAUGGACGGGAAGAAGCUGCCGGAGGGAAUAUCGGUGGUCCGCCCCUCCUCCCCGCGGAAGGAGCCAUCUUCCUCACCACUUACCGCAUCAUCUUCAAAGGCACUCCCACGGACCCUCUGGUGGGGGAGCAGGUGGUGAUCCGGUCCUUCCCCAUCGCCUCGCUGACCAAAGAGAAGAAGUUCAACAUCCAGGCGCAGGUGGAUCCGUUCAUCCAGGAGGGCUUGCAGCUGCGCUCCUGCACAUUCCAGCUGCUGAAGAUCGGCUUCGACGAGGAGGUGGCUUCAGACAGCGCUGAGGUCUUCAGGAAGCACCUGCACAAGCUGCGCUACCCCCAGCACGUGCGCGGCACCUUCGCCUUCACCGUCGGCCAGUCGCCCAAGCAAGCCAUGCAGCCCAAAGCCAAGGAGAAGAACCCCUCGCUCAGGACACUUUCCAAAAACCUGGUGAAAAACGCCAAGAAAACAAUCGGCCGGCAGUACGUGACGCGGAAGAAAUACACGCCGCCCACGUGGGAGCAGCGCAGCAGCCAGCACUUCGCAGAGGACGAGGACGAGAUCUCAGGGGAGCAGGCGUGGGGCGCAGAGGUUUGCCACCGUGGUCGCCUCUCCACGGACUCGGUGGUCCACCAGCUCUCAUCUGCUGGCUCCGCGUGCUUCCAGCGCUGCGGAGAGGAGGGACCUCACAGAGGCUCCUCGGAUGAGAAGUCCUGGAUUGAAGAUGUGGCCGGGCAG